AUGGCAGAUGUACCAGCUAUUUUUGUAUUUGGCGAUUCAACCGUAGAUGUUGGAACUAAUAAUUAUUUACAUGGAAGUCUUGCUACAGCUAACAAUCCUUACUACGGAAUUGAUUAUCCACACCACGUUGCUACAGGAAGAUUUAGCAAUGGCUAUAACCCAGCAGAUUUCAUCGAAAGCCCGCCAGCGUUUUUAGCCUUAGUUCAGAAACAGUCAACAUUCAAGAGUGGCAUACUUCGUGGUGUCAACUUUGCAUCAGCAGGAUCUGGCAUUCUUGAUGAUACUGGAAAUCAAGGAUUUCAUAAUGUUACAUCACUUACUCGACAAAUAGAACAAUUCCAAACAGUAUGUGGGAACAUUACACAAAUAUUGGGAGAUGUGAAAGGCUCAAAACUGAUUGCAAACGCGUUCUACUUUCUAAGUGUGGGAAGCAAUGAUUUCUUCGAUCAAUUUCGUUUCAAUUACAAUAUAUCUACACCUGAACUCAUCGCUGAUCUCAGCGAUACUUUUACCAUUCACUUACAGAAUUUAUAUAAUCUAGGUGCAAGGAAAUUUGGAAUUUGUGGGAUUCCAACGAUUGGAUGUCUUCCGGGUAUACGUGCUGUAACACCUGGUGGUGCCUGUAACGAGACACUUAAUGGUUAUGCUCAAAUAUUUUUUAACACAACACUCAGUUUGCUGCAAGAUUUCAGCUCAGCAAAUCCAGGAAUGAACUUUUCACUUGGAAAUUAUUUCUUGAUGACCACGGGUGUUAUUGAUAAUCCAGUUGCAUCAGGUUUCGUAGAAGUUGAAGCAGCAUGCUGUGGUACGGGACCUUACAAAGGAGGCUAUAAAUGUACUCAAAAUUCUGAUGUUUGCAAAAAGCGCGAUGAAUACUUGUUCUGGGAUUGGUUUCACCCAACUCAGAAAGCAUCUGAAAUGGCUGCUUUGUCUCUUCUUUAUGCAACUGGGCAGGAAUUUGUGACGCCCAUCAACUUCACUACAUUGGCAACUAUUCAACACUGA